AACACGAUUGAGUCGUAGGCUCCGAAUAUACGUCCAGACACGUCUCAUAAUAGUCUCAUAUGUGACCAGGAAGUGCCAAGAAACUUCGGAAAAGUUACUGAUUCCUGUAUUUCCAGUUUUUCAGGCACAAAAUCAUGUAAAUUGAAUCGUGGAAAUGUUGUGUGUGGGUGUACGUUCACCUGUUAUAUGGCGUCUCAGGAUUUAAGAUUAAACUGUUAUGAAAAACCUUCGAUGGCCUAAAACGAGGAUUUUCAACGAAUUUUAGUGAAAUAUAAUGGAUUACAUUCGUGAAUUCGAUAUCCAGCUGGAAAGGGAAUACUACUAUGCAGGUGAAAUUAUUUCUGGAAAUGUGAUUUUGGAUACUGUGGAAAAUUUCAAAUUAAGAACCAUAAGGGUAGUAUUAAGAGGGAGAGCACACGCGGAAUGGAAAGUGAUGCUUUCCGGAGAUAGACGCACGGUGAAAGGUGACCAGUACUUUAUGGACCAGAGGCAAACCAUAUGGGGAGAGAAGAACUUGGAAACGACCAUCCCGAUUUUACCCAGGGGGGUACACAAAUUCCCUUUUAAAUUCACCUUGCCGGAAUCGUCCCUUCCAUGUUCGUUCGAGAGUAAAGCGGCCCAAAUCCGGUAUUUCUUUAAAGUGACCAUCGACAUUCCCUACGCCAGCCCGCCCCAAGGGAUGAAAUAUUUCACCGUCAUAGGGCCACACAUCGACUGCAUGGACGAACAUUAUUUAAAGCCCACCGUAUUGGAGGAUCGUAGGUCGACGUGCUGCUGGUGUUGCAAAAAAGGCACGGUGUCCCUCAGGUGCGUACUGGAACGAUCCGCGUACGUUUGUAGGGAAAGUAUUAAAAUCAAAGCCACCAUAGACAAUCAGGGUGAGGAGGAGGUCAAACUGAGAGUGAGGUUAGAGCAAAUUUGCGAGUUUUUUAUCGACCGGGGGGUCCUUGGGGUGUCUAAGGAUCUGAAAAAUGUGGUCCUAGAGUACAAGGGCAACCCCGUAAAACCCCAUAAAAGGAUUAAGUGGGACAGUGGGACGGUGUUGGUUAUACCACCUGUGCCCACCACUUUGGUUAAUAUUUGUCGAUUAAUACAAGUUUUUUAUGUGUUAACUGUCAGUUUAGAUACAGAAAAAGAGCCGGAUCUGGUGUCGGUUAAUAUGCCACUGAUCAUCGGUACGGUGCCAUUCAGGAUACCAAAUAGUGAUAAAAGCCCCGCAAUAAAAUAUGAACACGCCUGUUCACAUGUCGAGGGUGGCCAGUAUUUGGCGCCGGAUUUCUUACUGGGGCAAGUCUAUGAUGGAAACGAACAUUACCUAAGGGAGCCGAUUGUACUUUACAAGCCGGUUUACGUCACAGUGGACAAAUCCGAGGAAACUGACAAGCAGUAAUGAUACCCCCCACCUCUCUCAUAAACUAAUAAUUAAUGACCUAAACCAAAUUAAUUAAUUAAUUUAGUUUAGGUGAUUUACACUUAACAAUUAAACAACAAAAGGCAAUAAUAAGAUGGUCACUUUUAUAAUUAUUAUAUUAUACGCACAGGGUAUAUAUCAAUUUUUUUCCUGAAUAAUAAUUAAAAUAAUUUUUUACUUACCCUUAAGACUGAAUACAAAAAAAAAAGAACUUAAUUAAAAUCAACAGUCAAAUAUUAAAUAUGGAUUACGUCGCUUCAUACAGGGUGUGGCAAGUUCAAAC